AUGGCUUUCCCAGUAAUACAACUUAAAUUAUUUGGCGAGAGUGGUCAUUAUAUGGCCACAACUGGGGAAAUCCCAUCGGCCAAUCAUGUUGAACGUCAAAAGGAAGACGGUGUUGGAUUUACUAGUGGAUCCGAUAAGUAUCAAAUCGUGUAUGUAGAAGAUACACGUUUCCAAACCCGGUUCAGUACGGUGUUAGCUCUUCUUACUUUUAAUAUCCCGCAGACAAGGUUUUGGCAGUGCCAAUCUGAGAAACGCUGGUCCGUUUAUAACGAACACGCUUCUCGAUAUAGUUUUCGGUUCAUUACUUGCAUUCCUAAAUUUUUCAAUUUUUUUUAUUUCAAUUUUAAUGAUCAGCUUUAUACCUUAUUCAUUGCAACUGUUACUUUCAGAGGAUUAAACAUUACCGCAAAUCAUCUUAGUUCACCAUUUUUGAUUGGCUAUGCUGUGAUCGAAGUAAUAGUGGCACCUUCGGGUUUAUUUGGAGUUUUUGGUGCUAUUUCUAACAAUAUAUUCUUGAUGUGCCGUUAUUCGCGUGAUCAUUGGUUCUCUGUUGUUGUUCUGACGAUUAUUGAUAUUGUAAAGAUAAUUCUUUCAUUUACGAUGAGAAACAAUACGGUUGAUUCUUGCAAUACCAAUCCCAAUGACCUCAUUGAAAGAACUGCCUGCGAAAAUAAAGCUGAUUUUGCCAUAAGAGCAGGCCUUGUAGUAUUUGGAGCGCAAGAAGUUAUUUUGGUUGCUCUUGGUUCUCUCAUAUGGUAUUGUGCAAAACGAAUUUCAAAGAAACCAACAAAUAAAGUAAUGCGUGAAUCGGAAAGGAGGGAGGAAACUAAGAAUAUUGACAUGGAGGUUCAAGAAUCUCAUGUAGCAAAUGAUAUUACAUCUAUAGUGUCUACUGAUAUUUUAGAAAAAAGGCAGCAUAUGGAUCAGGAUAGUUUAAUGGCAAACCCUCCUUCUCCAUUUAUCCGUAGACCAACACUACAUCAGAGGCAAGAAGAUCAAACACCUGAUGGAAUUAAACAAGAAUAUAAUCACAAUCCAAAUAAUUCAAGAAUACAAGAAAAUCAUGGCAGCAAUUCAAACAUUACUCAAAAUACUCAGAUGUUCGAUCAAAUACAUACUAUACCAACGCAUAAACCUAGUGUUCCAAUACCACAAAAACAAAGUUCACAAGGUUUACCACCUGCGCUUCCAUCGAAAUCAUAUAAUAAUUCUUCGAACUCAAGGCCUCCAAUUGUUCAUCGGCACAACUCGAUGUCACCUCCCCAACGAUUAGCAAGCUAUCAGCCAACGUCUCAUUAUGUACCAGAUACGCGUCCAGUAAAUGGUAGUGGUAUGAUGUUUCCACCUAUUCUAAAUCAAACAGAAUCUAUAUCAGGUUUUCAGCCACCACAACGACCACAACAAUUACAGCAACCACAACAACCACGGCAACCGCAACAACCACGGCAACCGCAACAACCACGGCAACCGCAACAACCACGGCAACCGCAACAACCACGACAAUCGCAACAACCACAUGAUCAAGUACCAUUCUUACGUAGUCAUAAACGUUCAGAUAGUUUUCCUCAACCCCGACCUCUCCCUUUACCACCUAUUGCUAAUUAUUCUGAUACUUAUCGGGUUUCACAACAGCCUACAUCCCGGGGAAACACUAAUUAUAAAAUCGAUCAACCUUCAAUUGUUCAGUCAAAUGAACCUUUUUUACAACCUAGUUUUUCAAGAUCAUUACCAAACUUACAUGACAGUAGUAUAAUUGAGCCACCCAUACCGAUUCCUUCUUCUGAUUCGGUACUUUAUAAACAACAACUCAAUAAUGAUAUUACUCCAAUGCCAAAUACUGUUUAUUCACAACCAAAGGCUCUUAACAAUUCUUCCAAAUCUUUUGAGGCUUCAAAUACAAUACAAUAUCCUAAUAAUAGGAAUUCCUUAAAAAGAAUGAGACGAAAAUCUGCGCACAGUGUUAGAGGAGAAGCAACUCCAAGACCAUUAUAUAAUCACUAUUAUGAUUUGCCAACUACUUCAAAACUAGGUGUUAAUGACAAAAACAUUAAUAAUCAAAUAACAAACGAUUAUUAUAUAAAUAAUAGUUAUGUUGCUCAUUCAAGAUUAACAAAUCAAGUAUUUCCUUAUGGUGGUGGUAAAAACAUUAAUAAACAAAAUUUUAACCAGAUAGCAAAUAAUGGCUAUACAAAUAAUAGUUAUGCUAUUGUUUAG